CAUCAACAAGAGCAUGUGGUGUUGGCCUGUGAGAGAUGGUUGGAACUCAACUUAAUAUCAGAUCUGUCGGAAAAUAUCCAGCUUCGUGAAAUGCCGAUGGAACUGCUUCAGAAAGUUGUAAAAUCCAAUCGUUUAUUUGUCUUCAAUGAAUACAGUGUAUAUAGAACUCUAGCUUAUUGGCUAUUUAUGCAGCUAAAUCCACAUCUACAGCUAAUGCCCUCACACAGUACUGUACUUUCAUACUUUAAUAGUUUACCAAAGACAACCUCAUUUAUUGAGAGAGAUGAUGGUCAGAUUUAUUCACCCUUAUUCUCAGCUGUACGACUUCAUGGAAUUUUAGACACGGGAAAUAUUCAAGAUAUGCAGCUGAUGAAUAUAUUGCCUAGAGAAAAGCUGAUUGACCUUCUAUCUCAACAUUAUCAUGCCUUACAAGGGGGUGGAGACAUGUCUUUGAUGAAGAAUUUUAACACAGCUGCUAUCAGGCAGGGUUUUAUCAUGGAUACAGAACCUCUUUACCACUCGGAGGUGUUUUCUCUUCAUGGUUUCCAUUUCGAAUUGAAGGGAGCAGGAUCUAAGGAUGGAGUUUAUUCUUUCUUUAUGCAGAGACUGAAACCAGGUGACCCUAUUUUGAGUUUCCGUCAAUGUGAAAGAAACACGUUUUCUAUGAGGGUAGACAGGGAGGUGAGAUAUUGUAUAACAGCUCAGUACGUGAACAAGGAAGAUAAUAAGUCUGUUUGCACAGGUAUAAAGAGUCAGAAGUUUGGACUUGGUGAGAAAACAAGUAAAUCAGAGAUUUUACAGAUGACAGAUGUGAAGAAACCACUCUAUGUCCAGUUUGCUUUGUUGUUUCCAUCUUCAUAGAAUUACAGUUUGAAAAUUAACUGCCAAACUAGUGAAAGAAGUGUCUGUCAACAAAGUUCUCCAUUUUGUCAAUAUGACAGUGUUGAAAUAUGUUUAUAUAUCAAAGAAGAUAAUGGGAAUUGUUUUUACUUUUCCUAUAGAUAUCUAUGAUAUGAUAAUGUUGGAACCCUUUGGAAGUUUACUGGAAGGGAUUUACUGAUUGUUAUUAUUUAAGUUCUUAUUUGUACUUUUGUGAAUUAUUAAAAUACAAAUUAAGCAUUUCUGAACUUUGUCUGUAAUUUAUUAAACAAGAAAUUCAUCAUUUCUGUAUUUAUGUCAAGUUUAAUUCAUUAUUAAUUGCAUUAUUAAUUACAUAUUGACCCAUAAGUUAACCAUUUCUGAUUUUUUAUUAAUAAUGACAUAUGCAUUCAAUUCAUUG